AAUUUUCUGUUACUUAACGGAACAACCUAUUUUAAAUUACAACUACAUCUAGAAAGAUUUACUAGAUGUGAUCUACACAGCAGAUAUCAUCAUCUACUAUAUUUAUAUUUCUAGAUCUGAGAUCUAUAUCAAUAUCAUUCUAUCUUGUACAUAGAAUGACGCAUGAAAUAAAGACAAAGAAAGAAAAUAAAUUUGAUACAUCUCCAUUCCAAGUUGAUUGGUUGACAUUAAAUACAUCUGACUGCCAACAAAAAAUUGGUAUCUGUAGUCUUCCAGGCUGUUGUUUUAAAGAUUCAUGGAGAGAUAUCAACUUUGAUAUUGAAUGUUUGAAACAAGAUGGUGUUCAAGAUAUAUUUUGUUUGUGCACAAAUGGAGAGUUUUACCGUUACAGAACAAAAGAUAUAUUAGAUAAGUACAGGGAGUCAGGCUUCUCAGUUCAUCACUACCCUAUUGAAGAUGGUAAUGUACCAGCAUUUGAUGAAGUGAUCCAAAUCAUUGAGGAUAUAUCAGUUUGUCUUAAAGCAAUGAGGAAAACAAUUAUUCACUGUUAUGGUGGCUUUGGUCGUUCUUGCACAAUAGUGGCAUGUUUACUGAUGGCGCUAGAUGAUACUAUCUCUCAUGAAGAAGCAGCUAGAAAACUUAAAGAACUCAAAGGAAACCGUGCAAUCAAUUCUGUUAAACAAUAUAACUUUGUGACAGAAUUUCCAACAUUGUUCAGUGAAUACAAACAGAAAUAAAGCCAUGACAAUGGAAGCCAACUAAAAAUGUUUCAAUUGAAAGAAAUUUAUUAGAAACAAUAAAUUGUAUAAAACAAACCA